AUGGUAGCUCGACAUAUAAAGACGGCUGGCCUAGUGGCAAGCACGGCUACUAAUCAAAAAGUGGCGGAUAUUGUAAAGGGUGUUAUCGAUGAUAUCAGGGCCAACGGCGACAAAGCCUUAAGGACAUAUUCGGAGAAAUUCGAUAAAUGGUCACCAUCGUCCUUCAAGUUGACCGAGGGCCAGAUACAGGAAUGUAUAUCGAAAGUCCCAGCACAGACAAUAGCGGACAUAAAGGAGGCACAGAAGAAUGUACGGACGUUUGCCGAGGCACAGCGAGCGAGUAUCAAAGACUUCGAAAUUGAGAUCCAGCCAGGUGUAUUCCUCGGACAGAGAAACAAUCCCAUCUCGACAACAGGCGCUUACAUACCGGGAGGUCGUUACCCCCUACUUGCAUCUGCUCACAUGACGAUAUUGACGGCAAAGGUUGCUGGUGUCAAGCAUGUUAUUGCUUGUACACCACCUAUUGCUGGACAGGUACCUAAUGCCACCGUUGCAGCAGCACAUUUCGCUGGUGCCGAUGAGAUUUUCCUGCUUGGGGGAACCCAAGCCAUUGCCGCCAUGGCGAUAGGGACAGAAUCGAUUAAGAAAGUUGAUUUCAUAGCUGGCCCGGGGAACCCCUUCGUCGCCGAAGCUAAGCGCCAACUAUUCGGUGAAAUUGGGAUCGACCUGCUCGCUGGUCCGACAGAAGUUCUUAUAGUAGCCGACGAACAUGCAGACCCCUUCACCAUCGCAACCGACUUGCUGUCCCAGGCCGAGCAUGGACCAGACUCUCCGCCUAUACUGAUAACAACUUCAGAGGAGGUGGGCCGACGGACAAUCAGAUUCACCGAGCAGAUCUUGGUGAAUAUGCCAACGGCGGAACUUGCCGGCACUUCAUGGCGAGACUAUGGUGAGGUUAUCGUGGUGGACAACCUAGACGAGGCAUACGCGCUUGCCGAUGUAUAUUCAAGCGAACAUGUGCAGAUCUUGACCCAAAAUCCAAGAGAGGCUUUAGAAAAGAUGAGAAACUACGGUUCUCUAUUUCUUGGCGAAAAAACCUGUGUUUCAUAUGGUGACAAGUGCAUUGGAACGAACCAUGUGCUGCCCACGCGAAAAGCGGGUAGAUAUACUGGUGGGUUGUGGGUCGGCAAAUACCUGAAGACGCAGACGUAUCAAGAAGUGGUGGACGAGAAAGCCAGCGGGGAGAUUGGGCGACUUUGUGCGCGCUGCUCGAGGGCUGAGAAUUUUGAAGGACAUGCGAGGUCUGGAGACUUGAGAGCUCACAAGUAUCUUCAGGAUCCUCACUCUUGGAUUGAUGAGGCGAGAACAUAG